CUCCACACUCACGAACACUUGCAGAACCACACUCUCUCCCUCGCUACUCUUCUCCCAUUCUCCUCCGUGUUCACCUUCCACAGCUUCCUAAGUCUCUCCGAAGCAUCAAACACUAGCACGUCCAAGCCGAUCGAGAAGUUCCAAGCAUGUGGAAGCUUCUCGCAGCAACGGCUCUGCCGAUCCUGAUCUCGUUGCUCGCCGUGCGCGCGCGCGGCGCUGACGACUACACGGCGUUCGUGUACGCCGGGUGCUCGCAGGCGCGCUACGCCGCCGGCACCCAGUACGCCGCGGACGUCGACACCGUGCUCUCGACCCUCACCGACACCGCGGCUUCCACGCCCUAUGCCAACUACACCCCCCCGUCCGGCGCCGCCACGGGCCUGGUCGGGCUCUACCAGUGCCGCUCCGACCUCCCCGCCGCCGUCUGCGGCGUCUGCGUGAAGUCCUCCGUCUCCAAGCUCUCGUCCCUCUGCAACUCGGCCGCCGGCGGCGCGGUGCAGCUGCGCGCGUGCUUCGUUCGCUACGGCAACGACUCGUUCCUCGGGAAGCCGGACAACACGGUGCUGUUCAAGAAGUGCGGCGGCGAGAGCGGGGACGCCGGCGUCGCGGCGCUGCGCGACGCCGCGCUCGGCGCCCUCCAGGCCGCGUCGUCCCCCGCAGCCGAUGGCUCGUACCGCGCCGGCGCGGCCGGGUACGUGCAAGCCAUGUCGCAGUGCGUGGGGGACCUCGGCGCCAAGGCGUGCACCGACUGCGUCUCCAUCGCCGCCUCGCAGCUCAAGGCCGGCUGCGGCGACGCCUCCGCCGGGGAGGUCUACCUCGGCAAGUGCUACGCGCGCUUCUGGUCCAAUGCCGGCACCAGCGGCGGCGGGGCCACCCCCGGAGGAGGCAACGUCAUCGGCGGCGGUAACGUCGGCCCCAUCGGUGACGGCGGAAACGGCAUCGCUGGCGGCGGCACCGUCGGCGUCCCGGGCGCAGGAACUGGAUACGGAUACGGGUUCGUGCCACGUCCGUACGGCGACGUCCAAGAUGGUUCCGGGAAGACCCUCGCCAUCAUUAUCGGCAUCGUGGCCGCGGCCGCCAUCAUCAUCAUCUUCCUCUCCUUCGUCCGAAGAGCCCGCGCCGCCAAUGGCAAAAGCUAAGGUAAGGGUUGCAGCAGGGAUGGUCGCCAGUCGCCACUAUUAGCUCAGAUUGGAUCGCUUGGUGGCUUUUGGCUUGGGCGUUGCUUUAGUAUCUCUCCUGUUCCUCUUUUUAUCUUUUAGGGUCUCUUUUGCCGUGUCAUCAUAGGGCCAGAAAAACAAAGGGAGGCCAUGCCGCCACUGUGCCGAAUUCAGUAGGGAACUGAAGAUUCCAGCUGCAUGCUACUAGCCACUAAGGAAAAUAUUAUGCAAAAAUAAGAAAAUAUAUAUUUGUUGAAGUGACCCCUAUAUAUAUGGUUCAUGUCCAUGUUAUUGUUGUA